AUGAGUACACCAAAAACAACAGCAGGACAGACACAAGGGGACAAAACAAGCAGUGGAAAAGCAAAGCAAUCCAAUGUGGACAAAACUAUGUCAGCACAUGAAGAUCAGGAAGAAACAAAUUCAUGUUUAAUGGAACCUUUUCAAGAGGCUGCUAGAAUUGAAGAAUAUAGGAGAAGAAUUAGAAUGGAACAUGUUAUGGUCAGUGUGUCUGGUAAGAUCUGGGUAUUUGUGGAAGAUUUGUUUGAUAUUCAGGUUAUAGUAGAUCAUCCUCAACAUUUAGCUAUCAAGUUGAGUGUUAGGGAAAGUCAGGAUGAGAUGAUAGUGUCUUUGAUAUAUGCAAAAUGUACUCAGGAGAUUGAAGCUUUAGAAGAGGUGAUCAAGGUACAUGAAGCACAGUUUGAGGUACCACAAAUGAUACCUGAGGAGGAGAACAGACUCUUGGAAGAUAUACCAACAAAAAAGGAAGUCAAGGCUGUGGUCUUUCAACUGAAUAGGAAAAGUGCUGAUGGACCAGAUGGUUUCACUGGACUUUUCUAUCAAACAUGCUGGGAAAUCAAUGGGGAAGGAUAUAACUAUUUGAGAAACUUUAGCAAUAAGAUUUUCUCCAGAUUGCUACAUGAGAGAUUGGUGGAUAAGCUUGCUGAUGUUAUUUCUCUAAAUCAAUCAGGUUUCGUUAAAGAUAGGAGCAUUGUGGAGAAUGUUUUGUUGACUCAAAAUAUUGUGGAUGAUAUAAGACUAUGGACAAAAGAUGCAAAUGUGGUAAUGAAGCUCGAUAUGGCUAAAGCAUAUGAUAGAGUUUCUUGGAUUUUUCUGACUAAGUCCUCAAGAAAGGUAAAGCAAGGGGACCCUUUGUCCACUACUUUAUUCAUUUUGGCAACUGAUGUUUUAACCAGGAAUUUGAAUACUACAUCAGAAGCCUCAUUUUAA